AUGGUCAACAUGCUUUCCCUCACGAUGCUUCUGGGAUUCUUCAGCGCAGUCCUGGCCGACAGCACCCAAGAUCCCAGGAUGAUGCGCUACGAAGCACGAGUCGAUGCGGAUGGUGAAGCCCAAGACUUCGUUCCCGUUUCGGACCAUUCCGCUCAUCAUCGGCCCCGAAAGCAAGCUGCUCUUCUAGCAGGAGAUCAGCAGCCGGCCCCAGAGGCAGCAACGCCGGGCACCACGCUGUACCCGCUAAAUCCGAAAGGACCUCUCGACAUCGAUGACAGCUCGUGGACACUGCUCUUCAAGGCCAAGCUAGGAGCGCUUUUCCCUGUGCUCAUCCUGUUUAUGCUGACCUUCUGCUACUUGGGUGUGCCCUUGGUUGUAUAUGCAUAUUGA